CUUUUGAAGAUGCACGAUCCGCAUGUGUAAAACAGUAAAUGAAUAAGGAUUAAAGUUGGAUUAUCUGUUCCAAUAUUAAAUCCAUAUGGAUAAAUGAUCAAGAUGCCCACUGUGAUAGUGUUAGAUGUUUCUCUGUCUAUGAGUAGACCUGUUGUCAUCCCAGACUGCUCUGAAGAAUACCAAAGAAAACAUUUAGCAAUCCACGGAAUCAACUGCUUCCUAGAUUACUUAUCCAGCAACUUUAAACUAGAAUUUACCUCACUUUUGGUGUUUUCCUAUCUGUGGGAACAGCUCGUUCCAUUUACAAGGAACUAUGAAACAAUCAAGUCAGCUCUGAACAAUGUGGAAGAGUACAACAAAACCUGUAUAGAGGCUGGCUUAACAGGUGCUUCAUCUGUAGUCACAGAGGAAUGGAACUCUGUCACCCCUUCACAGGUAAUCUUGGUGACGGAUGGUAGAACAGGCAUUGGGCAAAGAUCUUUGAAAAAUUCACUUGAAACAUGGAACCAAAGGGAAAACGGUGAUGAAAAAUUCCCUCUACCGUUCAAGUUUCCUUGUAAAUUGCACGUAAUGAUCAUCAGCAGUCCGAAUGACCCAGACAUCAAAAGUUCUCUCCCCUUGUUUGAAAAACUUAUUGAGAUUAAUGGCCAGGGGGGAGAACUGUGUGUGCCAGACAAUGCCCUAACUUUACAAUCUGUGGAAGCCAUGUUUACAAGGAUACAGGAGAAGUAUUAUCAGCCGUACAAUGGGACGCUGAAAUGUGGGAACUUCAAGUGUUCUGUACAGUUGUUCCCACCUCCCGAUCCCUAUGACUCGAUACAGGAGUUUGAAGAGGUUCAUCAACAAGUAAGCUCUAACCUAGAGAUCCUGGGAUUCAUUGACAUAGCAGACAUUGCCAGCCCUCAGGCGCUCUCUAGACAUCUGGUCCUACCUCUCCCAAACAAAGACACCAAGACUUCAGAUAGUGAUGUGGAGAGUAAAAAAGAGGAGGAAGAUGUGGUGCAAGAAGAUGGCAAGAUUCCAAGUUUUACCGUUCUCCUACACGGAAGUCUCAAAGUGGAGGGGAUGGUGGCGCUGACGCAAGUGGCAGAGAAUUGGUAUGGGAUUUUGUACUCCUGGGCAGACAGCAAGAAGAAAAGUAACUUGAUGCUAAGCUUAUUAGAGCCAGGUCCAGAGCCCAUAAGUUGGAUUGGUAAUAUUGCUAACCUGGCCCCUAUAUCUGACUUUACUGAACCCCCCUACGGAGAAGACGAUAACAAGACCCCGUUUCCAAUCCGACCGGCAGAGAAACACAGCUAUGCUCAGAGUUGUGUUGUCUGGAUUAAACCCUCUGGACUGCAGGCUGACAUACAGAAAGUGUUGAGACAUGCCAGGAAGCUGCCAGAGAAACACCAGCAGUUUUACAAGGAGUUGAACAGACUCAGACGAGCUGCAUUGUCGUUCGGAUUUCAUGAUCUCCUGGAAGCCAUGGCCUCCAUGCUGGACAGGGAGUGUACAAUGCUCCCCGGAUCUGCUCAUCCAGACGCAGCGCUCCAGCUGACUCAUGCUGCUAAUGCUCUGAGGAGCGAGAGUGCCACGGAUAUAGCACAAAUGAUCCUUCCCUUAAGAACAAAUUUUAAUCAGGAUACAUCUUGAUUUGUUUCCACUUGGCAGGAAGUCAGUGUUACAGUACAAAAAUGUACAUGAUAGAUUACAAUUGGGCAUUGAACGGACAAAGAUCCACAUGCAAAGUAGAAAUGACAGGAAUGAAUGGAAUCUUUAGAGCUAUGAUGGAAUAUGUAGAAUAACGACAAUGUUGUAUAUUUGUUGUGACAUUUUAACAUUGAAACAAAGCUGGAAGAAGCAUUUCGGGAGUUAAUUAAUUGUGACUGCCAUCUUUUAAGUCUUUGUUUCUGUUGGUGAAAUAAAAAGGCCAGAAAAUCUGAA